CAGUGGCCCAGUGACGUUGGCCGAGCCCGAGCUCAGUAGUGCGCAGACGCGGCGAUGGUGGAAGGACCCGGAUGCACCCUGAAUGGCGAGAAAAUCGGCGCGAGAGUUCAAAAAGGACAGAAAGUGCUCAAAGUUAGCACUGUUACUAAGAAUGGUCCAGCUGGAGCAUCUCUGGAGUGCAUCAAUGGAUGCACAUACACUGGAGUGCAGACGCUCGGCAAAGAGCUGUUCAUGUACUUCGGUCACAGAGCAUUACGGCUGCACUUCGGCAUGAACGGCUCGAUGCGUAUAAACCCGGCUGAGAGACGGGACGGCAAGGGAAAUCCACCGACUCUGCUCCUCCAGCUCACCAAGGACACAAUCUGUUUCUUUGAUUCCACAGUUGAAAUCCGGAUGUCUGAGGACUGUGAAGAGAAGGUUCGAGUCAUGGCAAGUCUGGACGUUUGUUCUCCAAGCUUCAGUGCAUCCCGUGCGGUGGAAGUGGUGUGUAUGCAGCACGGCCGGAUGGUGUGUGACGUCUUACUGGAUCAGGCUGUCUUGCCUGGUGUCGGAAACAUCAUCAAAAACGAGGCACUUUUUAACAGUGCCCUUAACCCUGCUGUAAAGGUGAAUCAGCUGACGAGUGAGCAGGUCAGACAUCUGGUGAAAAUGACUCGAGACUUCACUUUGCUCUUUUAUCAGUGUCGUAAGAGAGGCUCCUCGCUGAAUCAGCACUGCAAGGUUUACAAACGGCCCGGCUGUGGUCAGUGCAGUGGAGCGAUCACCGUCUGCCGCCUAGGAAACGAUGGCAGGAUGACCUACUUCUGCCAGCGCUGUCAGACUGAAGAUCCAGCAGAACUUGAUGUUAGUAAAAUCCAUGGUCAGAACACUUUGAUGGGAUGGGUGAAUCAGAAGAAUGAGGGCAGCAGUGACCACAUCGCCACAAAAGAGGAGGAGGAGUGGACAUGUGAGCUGUGCACGUUGAUUAACCGACCAAUCAGCAAGUCUUGUGAGGCAUGUCUGAGCCCUCGGCCUAAGGUGUCCAGAGAUCCGGUACAGCAGUCACUUUUCCCCAGUGCUCUGAUUCGUUACCCCUGCAACAGCUUCUCCAGCCCCCAGCCAGAUCUGAAGAUGAAUCGCAGAGCUGCGUUCGGAAACACCACCCUCGUCCUCACCGACCUCAGCCAGAAGAAACCCGCUGCACAACAGAGGAAUCCACCAGCAGGAAAACUAGCGCUCCAGAACACGAAGCGGGGUGCUGUGAUUGGGACACAGCCCGCAGGAACUCAGAUCUCUACACAAACCUCACCUGGGUCUCCUAGCCAGCCCAGCAAGAGGAGAAAAACAGAAGUUGGACACCUUCCUGGAGGAGCUUCACAGAACAACAGUCAGCACUCCACAAGUUCCACACAGGGCCCAGCAGCGUCCAGACCCACAACCCCUUGCUGCCCCACUCAUCAGCAGCCCAGCGUGCUGAGGGUGGUCAAUAAAGCAGGAGAGAAUAAAGGCAGGCAGUUCUACACUUGCGCCCUACCCCAAGGAUCCCAGUGUAACUACUUUGAGUGGGCGGAUCUGCACUUCCCUGUGUGUCACCACAGCAAACGCACUCUGAUGAGAACCGUUCUUAAACUGGGGCCCAACAACGGCCGGAGCUUCUACACGUGUUCAUUUAAACAGGGCCAGCAGUGUGACUUCUUCCAGUGGGUGUAAAUCAGCCCAGCAGUCUGUCUAGACCUUUAACCGCUUAGCUGAACACACAGACUUAACUCAUGCACUUUUUAAAUGUUUUGUUAUUGUAGUCCUUUGUGUUUUUAUAAAUGUUGGCAUAAAAUGUAUGAACAAAUUGUGAUACUAGAGGCCUCCUUCGAUUACUGUUGGUUCUUAAAUAAAUAUAUAUACAUAAAAACAAAAAAUCCAAAUCCUGUGUUAAUACAAACUGUAAAUAAAGGUUUUAAAUAUA